CCCCCGCAACCGGCCUAGGAGGCGCGGCUGGGGAGGAGGCCUGGGCCUGCGGGCCGCGAGCAGCCGGGCAUUGGCGGGCGCAGGGCGGGCGGGCGGCAGCGCAAGCUCCCGGCAGAGUGCGAACGGGGCGGGGAGCCCCGCGCUGUCUCCCCAUGGCCGGCAGCCGGCCGCGAAGACGGCGGCGGCGCUGACAGGCCUGGGGUGGGGCGGGGCGGCCGGGGCCCAAGGCCUGGGAAAGAUGAGCGCGCUCCUCGAGCAGAGGGAGCAGCAGGAGCGACUGCGCGAGGCCGCGGCCCUGGGGGACAUCCGGGAGGUGCAGAAACUGGUAGAGAGCGGGGUGGAUGUGAACUCCCAAAAUGAGGUCAACGGCUGGACCUGUUUACACUGGGCGUGCAAACGCAACCACGGUCAGGUGGUCUCUUACCUGCUAAAGUCAGGGGCUGACAAAGAGAUUCUGACCACCAAAGGGGAAAUGCCGGUGCAGUUAACAUCAAGGAGAGAGAUCCGGAAGAUCAUGGGAGCGGAAGAGGAGGAGGAGGAGGGCGAUAGCCUCCCCCAGCAGCAGGAGUCAGAGAUGCCCUUCGUUCCCAACUACUUGGCCAACCCGCCUUUCCCCUUCAUCUACACCCCGGCGGUAGAAGACUCAGCCCCGCUGCAGAACGGGGGCCCUUCCACUCCCCAGGCCUCGAGUCCCAAGGAUGGCUCCCCUCCGAUGCUGCCCCCAGGGGAGCCACCCCUUCUUGGGGCCUUCCCCCGGGACCACACUUCCUUGGCGCUGGUGCAGAAUGGGGACGUCCCUGCCCCUUCUGCCAUCCUCAGAACACCAGAAAGCACAAAACCGGGGCCCGUGUGUCAGCCCCCGGUGAGUCAGAGCCGCUCCCUGUUCUCUUCUGUCCCGUCCAAGCCACCCAUGUCUCUGGAGCCUCCAAACGGGACAUUCGCAGGGCCAGCACCAGCCUUCCAGCCCUUCUUCUUCACUGGAGCGUUCCCAUUCAGCAUGCAAGAGUUGGUACUUAAGGUGAGGAUUCAGAACCCAUCCCUGCGAGAAAACGAUUUCAUUGAAAUCGAGCUGGACCGACAGGAGCUUACUUACCAAGAACUACUCAGGGUGAGCUGCUGCGAGCUGGGCGUCAACCCAGACCAGGUGGAGAAGAUCAGGAAGCUCCCCAAUACCCUGCUGAGAAAGGACAAGGAUGUUGCUCGACUCCAGGACUUCCAGGAGCUGGAACUGGUUCUGAUGAUAAGUGAAAAUAACUUUCUGUUCAGAAACGCUGCCUCCACCCUGACUGAAAGGCCUUGCUACAACAGGAGAGCUUCCAAACUGACGUACUAACGCGGCAGGGACUUUUAUCACUGAGUAUUGUGACAGUGCGUGUCACCUCUGGGCCAAGGACAAGCCAUUGAUCCCAAAGCCUCGAAUGCCCGCGAGGGCCCCAGUGCCACUGCGCAGCGUACCCUGCCAAGGCAGGAAGCCCUUCCCUCACCCAGCCUUGGUGCCGGCUUCCAGGCCUCUUGGUGCACAGCAGACCUGUCUGCCUCCGGGCCGAGCUGCUGGGAGGGACGCACAGGGCUCCUGCCCUGGUGUGUCCGCUCCCGAGAUUGUGGACCAAUGGCGGGAAGGCCGGGGAAAGCACAGGCACUGGCUGAGGGGUAGGGGUGCGACGGGGCUGCGAGGUUUCCUCUAAUGUAUUUACAAAUGUUACUCAGGUUAAAGUAUUUAAGAAUACAGUUACCUAAUUGUAAAUAGCUGUUAACCAAAAGAGUCCCCCCCUUCCCCACUUCCCCUGAUGACCCUCAGCCUGCUUUGGCCCCGUCCUAUCUGUGUUGGCUCCCCAUCGCGUCACUAGAGGGCGCUCCGACACUUUCCGGAGGGGCAGCCCUGUCACUGACCACAGCGUCGGAGAAGAGCACAAGCUUUGCGGGCUGGCUCCCCACUCUCAUCCUCCACCAGAAGUGAAAAAGCGGAUUUUGAGCCUGAUUCGGUCGCUAUUUUAAAAGUUAUUGUGGGAAACUGAGCUAAAGGAGUUAGCAUCUUUAUUUUUGUAUCAAAGAUAAAGGUUAUUUUGAAAUUAUUAAGAUUUUUACACAACUCUGAAAUCUGUUGCUUUUGUAAACCAAUCGUUUGAUCUUAGGGGCUCCCCCACCCCUCCACUCAGCAAAGCGAGUUGUGAGUCUGCCAGACCUAACCGAAGGCAAAGGCAGGAAGGAACUCCGGAUCAAACUCUGCGCGAGGUGUAAGAAUCUGUUCCAAGUGUGCGUUCAAGGGUUCUUUCCCUUUCUUCAGUGUCAUUCACGGUACAGGAGAAGCCAAUGUCUUGCUGAAACCAACAGCUUAGCCUUAGAGCUAGGAGCCCAGACCGACACCCGCGGGUGCAGACCCCCAGGAGGAGCAGUCCUGCUCUUAAGCAGUCCGCUCCCCAUAGUGCCUAUAGUUUUCAGAGAAAGGGGCCUUCUGGUAAUUCUGUUAGAACACUGCACUUAGCGGGAGCACGCAGAGGGUGUCACGGAUGGGCCGGAUCGGACCGUGGGGCUGAGUUGACGGCCUCCUGCUGCUGCUGCUGCUGCUGCCUGGAGAUCAUAGUGGGAGGCCCAGAUGUUCUUCCCAGCCAAUUGCUCGACUGGUUAGUGACUUGUGCCCACUGGCUCCUGCUGGUGACACACACCCUGGGAGUGUUCGCAGAGCAAAGGUUGCUGGUCGCCUCCUCUCCAGUGCUUUGAGGAAGAGCCCUCUCUUGUGUUCCAUCCAACCCAAAACUACUUUCUCUAGGUGUACUGACUUUUUUGCUUUUUUUCCCCUUUGCUUUGAAAACUCACAAUUCACUAAUACAGUUAAUUAAGUGUGAAUAUCCUGGAAGAAAUAAAUGCAGUAUUAAUUCAUGUCUGAAUUACUGAGGUUCUACUCUUCAAGCUGCCUCGAUUAAUUAGAGACUCCUAGGAGCAGUGAGGGCCCUGGUCGGGAGGGGAUCCGCAGAGGGUCCUGGGGGUGCGCCCUGGCUCAGGCAGACAGCGCUGGUGUCCCCAGAGGGGCCGGGCCCAGGCUCUGCCUCCUGCCUUGCUCUGGUCUCCAAGCCUUUGAGGUUGGAGACCCUGGCAGGGGCUGAGGCGGCACAGCUGCCUGGAGGCGAGUCGGAAGUCUUAAUCUAUGCAUUCAGAGAAAUAUUUUUAUAUGCUCUGUGUAAUUUCUAACGAGGACCUCGUGUCACCUUUGCUCACUGCGCUCGCCCCUCCAUCACAUAUUUGAAGCAUGUGAUCACGCCGUGUGUGAACAUUCCUUGAUCUCUGUGCAUCACUAACUCUUCAACAUGGCAGACGUUAUUAAAGUUAAGUAUUAAUCAAUCCA